AGGGAGCUCUCAGUUAGUGCCGGGCUGUUGUCGUGCCUUGUCGUGCCUUCCACAGAGCGCUUGCGAUAUUUUUUUCCUUUUUUUUCUCUUGGCCUUUUCCUUCGUCUUUACGUGUUCACCUUUUUAAGUGUUCGGUCUUGGACCAAGGGAGUAAUCGCCGUGACGGAAGCGCAAGAAUGGGUUCAUGUUAGAAGGAUGAUAAGAGAGAGAUUAGAGUUUCGUUAGCAAUCAGUGAUGGGAAGAAAUGCAAUGAAGAAAUCCUGACGGCAUGCACACGGAACGCAGAGGAAAUCACUUCGAGUUGUAGAUGAGAAACGGUUUCCCAACCUGAUGUCAGCUGUGGGUGGUGCUGGUGUUAUCAGACAAAGAAAAGAAAUUGUAUUUGGGGAUCCCACUACAAGGACUCGGUAGUCACAGUUCAUUCCGUCGAGCUGCCCCAGAAACCUAUAGAUAGAUAGAUCCCAGUGCGACUACUCGUUUCGUGUUCGUUCACACCACCUCCACCAACCAACCAUGGACUCUAUUUGGUCGACGAGGAGGUAUGUCCCCGUCACUGUGGACAUCGAUCACCUGACGAUGAACUGCAAACAGAUCCUCAAAGCCGCUUCCAGCAAGACACUGAGGGCGAAGCCCGCGCAGAACCCGAAUCUCCACCAGCAACAGCAGCAGCUUCAAAAGAACCGGUCCCAUCUACAAAUUCAGAUCGAUCCUGUGGAAAGCGAACUUCUCAAAGGAACAGAUGUCGGACCAGUCCCUCACAUUGCACCAGUGUCUACUGGAUGGCCACGACGGAAACCGCUAGACGUCGUCUUCAGCGACGUCUGCCUCACCAUCGGAAAGAAGACCAUACUUUCGAGAAUCUCUGGCGCCUGCAGACCUGGAGAAGUCUUAGCCGUCAUGGGACCUUCAGGAUCUGGAAAGACGUCGCUGCUCAACGUGAUCAGCGGCCGCCUCCGUCCUACAAGUGGCAGCAUAUCUGUCAAUGGCGUCCCUUUGAGCAAACGCCACAAAAGACAGAUUUGUUACGUCCUUCAGCAGGACAUCUUCUACACUGACAUCACUCUAAGGCAGACUCUUGUCUAUACCGCUCUCCUCCGCCUGCCAGACAGCAUGACUUACCAGGAGAAGAUGAAUCACGUCGACAAUAUCAUAGAGAUCCUUGAUCUAAAGCGAUGCCAAGAUACUAAUAUUGGAAGCAUAAUGGACAGAGGUCUGUCCGGAGGAGAAAAGAAGAGAACCAGCAUUGCCUGUGAACUUCUCACCAAUCCUUCCAUUAUGCUUUUGGAUGAACCUACCUCAGGUCUUGAUUCCAGCACAGCACACAGUAUUAUGACCACUCUGAAGCGGUUUGCUGAAAAGGAGAACAAAACGGUCAUUGUAACACUUCACCAGCCAUCCUCGCAGAUCUUCUAUAUGGUCGAUCGAUUAUUAUUGCUAUGCAAUGGACAGAAUGCCUAUUUUGGAAAUACAAAAAAAGUGGUUGAGCAUUUUGCCAGCAUUGGACUGCCUAUUGCUCCCCAUUAUAACCCAGCGGAUUUCAUAUUGGAACAAGUGAAAGGGCCCAAAGAGGUACAAGAGAAACUAAUCCAGAGUGCCAAGGAAGGAGUUCAGAUGUCCUUCAAUCUCCAGCAGACGGUGACCCUCCCAACGUCUCCUUCCAUACAUUCGUUUUACUCCAAGUACCUUACCUUGCCAAGUGUUCCUGUGUCCUCAGAUGUAGAAACCAAUGACAAUCUAUGGGAUGGCGACUGCACAAACUUCAAGGAAUACACAUGUUACCACCCCAAUUGUCCCACCGACAUUUCUGUUACAAUAAAUGUCAGCAAAAAAGAAUCUCCUGCUUACAAUAAAAUAGUUGGUGAAGAAGAGGACAGUGGAAGGUCAUCUUGGUCAGAGGAAACUGAAAGUGAAACGUCAGCUUCAAGUUCGAGUUAUGAAUCAUUCAAUGAUCCUCAGUGGCCGACCUCUUUCUUCACCCAGUUCAAGGUGUUAACACAGAGAAACUUCUGUGUAGCUAAGCCACUCCUUUUGUCGAGGCUAAACUGGAUCCAGACGUUAGCUUUGGGUUUGCUAGCUGGCCUUCUAUGGUACCAGGUACCCAGGGAGGAAGAAAAUCUUCAAGAUAUCCAGGGAUGGAUGUUCUUCUCUUCAAGUUACUGGACUAUGUUCUUCCUUUUCACAGCCCUUCAGUCAUUCCCAACUGAGAAGGAAGUGAUCACCAAAGAACGUGCCAGUGGUUCCUACAGGGUGAGUGCUUACUACCUGGCAAAGAUGGUAGGCGAGCUUCCACUCACUGUGAUUCUCCCAACAUUUUACUUUCUUAUCUCGUAUCCCAUGAUGGGGUUCCACAGCUUCAUGACUGCCCUCCAGUUACUACUGAUGCUCCUUCUGGGCACCUUGGUUGGACAGAGCUACGGUUUUUUCAUUGGAGCCAUCUGUGGAAACUUACCAAGAGGCAUCACUAUCUCUGCUAUCUUCACGUUUUUUACGCAGCUCUUUGGAGGAUACCUGAACAAUCGCAUUCCGGAAUGGAUGGAUUGGGCCAGGUACCUCUCGAUAGUGCAUUACAUUUUCCAAAAUAUGAACUUCAUCGAAUUUUCAAGUGGUGAAGGUCUGAGGUGUGCGAAGGGGAUCUCCAGUUUCAGCUCUUGUAGAGCGAACAGCAGCAGUGUAGUAGAAAGUGACACCGGGAACUUUAUAGACGUAGAGGAAAUCCUGAAAGCGAGAGGACAGACGCUUCCCCUUUGGGGCAACACUGCUAUCCUACUCGGGUACAUGAUAGUCACGAGGUUUCUAACUUACCUUGUGCUCAGAUAUUUACAUAGGCCAAAAUAGCUUUAACCGUCGCUAGACUUUCGAAAGUGAAGUUAGUAUCGCUCCCGAGAGGGCUUCUACGUAUUGCUCAGAUUUUCCUUCUAUUUUCAAGCACAGCAUUAAUGCGAAGCAAUAGCAGAAUUUCCCUUGUGUUUGAAAUAAGAGAAAGAUACAAGUGUGAGAAGCUUUAGCAUUUUCGGCUGUGAUGAAUUUGAUUGCUUCCAAAACUAUGUGGAUGGAAAAAGAGUAACAAAUUUCGAUUUAAUUGAGAUCCUGUGCAGCUGGGUGUGUUUGACUUAAGCAGUUACUACUACUAACAAGUGGUUUGCUGAAGCGAUCUGCAGCUCACGGUAUGAGUUCCAAGUGGGUCACUGCUAGGUGCGUGAGAUUCUUAGACAUACUGGAGUGGAUCAGAUAGUGUUAUUACUUUAAGAUCUCUGUAUUAACUUAUUUAUAAUCUCCCGGAAACCCAUGCAUGUCUGUCUAUUCUAAAUGUGAUGAAUAUUGUUAUAUAUAUUUGUACGUUUUUAAGAAGGUAAAGAGUUAUUGUCAUAACGACUAAAUGGUGUUUAUUCUUUGUAAAGAGCUCAUUAUUUUAAGAAAUAAUGUUUUGUCCAUCUUACACUGUAUUGGAACACUGAAGUUGAUGAUUGCGAACUUGACUGACAGACAGCCACGUGUAGAAUUGAGCGAUAGAGAGUCAAGUGAUGGCAAAUGCAGUAGUACUACAGAUGACCCAUAGCGACACUGAGCGUACCACUUGCCCCUAGCUCUACUCUUUUGGGAAAUGAAAUGCAUUUUGACUUGGACCUUCAUGAAAUUCCGUUUUUAGCGAACAAAGUAUGUUGUCAAAGGCUAAGGUGUUUGCAAAAAUGAGCAGCAAUUAGGGAGUUGGCAAAUGUUUUGCAUUGUACGGUUCUGCUUGGUCUCAGGAACAUAGGAUGAUAAUUGAGAAGACACCUAUUAUAUUUGACAGAUGGAAACUCACAAAUUUUUUAGCCGUAAGAUUUACAUACUCUUAUUCUGUGAUAAUGUAAAUAGAGGAGGAAUGGUAAGGUACUGUUGUAAUAUAUGUUCAAUUGAAACACUGUACAGAGAGAAAGAGCACUGUUGUAAACGCAGUAUUUAACCAGUGAAACAUGAGUGAUACAUUCGCAGUAAAUUGACCCUGAACUGACUAGACACAAGUGUAAGAGGAAUUCAUGGAGCCUGCAACAGCCAAGAACUGUCGAAAGCAGGAAAGCAAGUUCCUUCACACAGGCAGCAUGAAGAACAUUCUCCAGCCAAGGCUGUGGUUGUGCCAAUAUUUGUGACAUGUUGAAGACAUCUUCAGGUUGAUCUUAGCUUUAGUAGGUUCUACUGUACAGUUUUAGCCUGAAUGUUUUUAUAUAGAAUGGUUGGUACUGUAACAUAACAAUGGCUUCUACAGAUACUAAAUUGAUGCCCUUUUCAUAAACAGUCUGAUUGGUUGUAGAUUAAUCUGGUGGGGAAGAGACGCAAGAAGUAUUUGUAGGUUUUUGGUUAUUCUGAUGGGAUGGACGGAAGUUCAUUUCUGUAAAGUACUUUAUGAUACAUUUUGUGUGUUAUGGAAAGUAUGAGUGUUCAUUUUUUGUGCUUCCUUGAGAAUUUGAUGAUAGCCAUGUUAGUUCAUUGUUCUUGUAACUCCUGUCUCAGAAAGCUAUGAUAAAGUCACAACUUGAAAUUAGUCUCCGACUUGGCUCUUGCAUAAACGGACAUGCAAACGGGUCCUAAUGUAUUAUUUAAGCAGUUAGUAGUAUUCCAUAUCCUCUUUAUGCCCUGCCAAACUGUAUCAUGCAAUUGUCUCUUAUCAAAACAUGUUGUGCCAUUUUGGGGAAGGAG